AGCGCGCGUUGCGGACGCAGUAGGGACACCAGACUUCACGCAGACACACGCAGAGAAACUGCCACAGCGAGACGCGUAAAGGAAAAACUAAAGCUUCUUUGUUUCCUUAUCGACCUUCACAGCCUCCAGCAGGCUCAUGGAGAGCGGAGCCCUGCUUGUCCGAACCGGGGGCACGUUGAUCGGAUGCCUUUCAUCACACCAGCGCCGUUAGAUGUUUUCCAUUCAGGAUUAAUUGGUUGACCAAUGGCUCCCAAACAUGCGCUCCUCUCCAGCAGCUGUGGCCCCGGGGUCGGAGGGGUAAAUAAGAAAAAAGACCCCUGCUCUUCCUCCCCGGCGGCAUGGAUCCUGGAUGCGGCGAUGGUGGCCGUCUGCUCGCCGAGGAACGGCAAGAGGACGCGCGCACUGAAUGGAUUGGUGGCCCGGUGGUUUGUGACCAUCGGCGCGGUGCUGAUGCUGAUGAUGCAGAGCUCCUUGGCCGCUGACGCAGCCGAGGGAGGUCAUCAUGAGUCAAUGAGGCAAGCUGAUUUGCUUCUGGACCCCGCGGUGUCCGCCAACCUCUCGGCCACCCCUGGGAUUGGGGACAAAGCUGGGGCUAAAAAUGAAGACGCGAUGGAUGGGCCUGAUACUGGUCCUGGUUCUGGGCCUGAGACUUGGCCCGGGAGCAAAGUGUUUGCUGAGGCCAGAACAGCAGUUUGGACAGAAACAGAAGCAGGAGUGCGUGCUGAAGCAGGCAGCAAAGUCUUUGCCGAGACUGGGAUUAUGGCAGGAACCGGUACUUGGGCUGAAGUCGGGGCAGAAUGGAGGCCUGUAGACACAGAAGGGGGCGACCUAUCGAGCAUGCCUAGGGACACAGCUUCCUGGCUGGGGCAGCAGAGGCUGCAGACAGAUGGAGAGGAAAGAAGAGAGCAGGCAGCCUUCUCAUCCGUCCUAACCAUGCUGGCAGAGACAGCAGAGCUGCAGGCGCCAGUGGUUGGAAAACCUUUAGGGCUGCUGUCCAAAGCUGCUUGGACCAAAAGCUCCUCUUCAUCAUCAUCCAGGGCCUCCUCUUCCUCCUUUACAACAAAAGCAUCCUCUUUGCCUUCUUCCUCCACAUCCUCCUCCUCUCCAGCUAGUACACUACAAGACAGUCACACAGCAGGAUCACACAAUUCAUCUGCAGUUGUUGUCAACAGCAACUCCUCCAACAGCAACAGUAGCUCCAUCAUGGAGGACUCUGUGAGCAGCCUGCCAGCCUGGGAUCUCCCUACGGUCCCAGAAUCGCUCCUGUCCACAGUGGGUGACCACGACGUCACGCUUCCUGCCAAUGUCACCAGCCCUUUCUCCACCCAUCAGUGGAACACCACCGCACCUGUGCGUACCAGAAACACCUCACGGCGUCCAACCACGACAGCUACCACCACCACUAUCACCAUAAAGACGCCUCUGACACCCACUACCAGCUCAUCUUUAUCGCUCCCCACUACGGCAAGAGCACAAACACCACCAGAAUCCAGCGUGGCUACGCACACCAUAGGCCAGGACACUGUGACCAAUGACAGCCUUCAGCUGACGACAGUAACUACGACAACACCCUCAACGACCAUUUUUACUGUGACCACCAAUGAUGUGACGAAUCAGGAAGCGACCAGUAGGGGUGAUGAAAUGUCAUCGUUAAAUACCAGUGCUGCAACAACCACGCCGCAAACAACAAGCCUCAGACUUACUACAACCACUCAACCUGCAACCACCACUACAACCACACCUGCCCCAACGACUACUACUACUGCUACUACUACUACUGCUCCCCCUACCACCACCACCACUAUCGCCACCACCACCACUACUACUCUUGCUCCCACUACUACCACCAUGGCACCCACAACUACUACUGCUGCCACUACUACUACUACUACUACUACUACUACUGCUACUUCUACCACUACCACCACAACAGUUGAGACACCUGCUACCACUGUGUUCAUCCAGACUACACCACCUCCUGCCACAACUACACCGCCUCCAUCUAGUACCAGUGCAGAGGAAAGUCCUCUGCCAUGCAAUGUGACUGAAAGGUUCUGGGUUAGAACAGUAUUAUCUAUAGAGCUGCGCAGGAACCGCCUGGACCUCAUACUGAAACAGAACCUCUCCAAAGGUCUGAGCCAUGCCUUGCAGAGAGCCCUGAAUGACUCCACUGCUUAUGCACAGGUGGAACGUGACGACUGCAGCCCCCGCAACGUGACGCUGGGUUACUACGUGACCAACGGGAAAACUGUCUACAUUUCCUCUUUGGUCGUCCGAGCCCUGAACGUUUACGGCUUUGACAAGCUCCUGUCAGACAUCCGGCAGCACACCCCAUUGGUUAAGGCAGUUCUGGUUCCCGUGGCAACCUGGGUGCCCACUCCAAAUAUUCACCUGCAGCUGAAAACAGUGUUGAGGUUUGUUGGCCCGACAGACAACAUCUACUCCUGCAGCUUUGUUCAGAUGUUGGAGCAGAGGCUGGAGAAUGCCUUUGAUGAAGCUCAGGACAAAGUACUGGAGACCUACAGCACACUCACUGUUGAGAUCCAGAGUGUGUCUCAGGAGCCUGACUCUCCCUCAGUCACUGUGGUGUAUGUGGUGAAAAACCAGGAUGCGAUACUUAACGGGACAAUUUCCAGCAGCCUCCUCAACCAGCUGACUGCUGAACUGGUGGGGUACUUUCUGUUCUACCCCCCACUGGUCAUUGCUGAGCCGCUUGAGUAUCAUAAUCUCAACACGUCUGCAGCAACCAAGAACUACUGGGUCAUAACGGUGAUCCAGGAUGUAGACAGUUCCUCCCUAGAGGCCAACUACCAGAGCUUUGCCAGUCUUAUGGAGCAGCGGCUAGCUGAGCUCUUCCUGGUCGCAGGCAGGCAGGGCUCUCGGACGGCAAGAUCCCGGCGGGCCACCACCGUGGGGGGAUACACUGUACAGAUGGUAAGCAUGCGUCGACUUCCUGGUCCCAAGAACCCAGCAGAGAUGACUUACUACACCCAGCUGAAUGGAGCACCCAUCUUUGGAACCACAGCUGCUAAGACACUCAGCAGUCUGGACUCCCAGACAAUGGCUUUGACCCUGGGAUACUUUGUACAAGUCCAGGCUGAACCUGUGGUAAAGACACCGCCCAGCAACCUGUGGAUCAUGGCCGUUCUGACGCCUCUCUUCUUAUUGAUGGUGGUGAUUGGGAUGGUGGCCUUCAUUCUGUGUAAGAGGAAUAGGGUCCUUUUCAAAACGGGCGCCUUCAGGACCUUUAAAACUCGUUCCAAGACUUCAUAUCGAAGGGAGGGCAGUUACCACCACCAGCCUGUCCAGGGCUUCGAUUAUGCCAAGAAGCACAUGGGUCGAACCGGUGAUGAAGCCAUCUCCGUUACUAAGGAGACGCUGGUGCUGGGGCUGCCUGUGCGAGAUGCUCCGUUGUCUCUGUCACUGGAUAAGAAGGUCCAUCAGGACGGGACUGCCAAUAAGAGGCCGCCGUCUGCUGACAUACACAAAGGAGGGAGGUUGCCAAGUGAGGAGGAUGGCUCGGUGUCGAGUAACGGCUCCGGGAAGCUGAACACCAGCAAGAGCUCCUCGGCCCGGAGGACUGCGACUGGCAGCAGCAGCAAGAACGGCAAGGAGGAGCUACACAAGAGGGGCACCAAUGAUCCCUAUGAAGACCAUUCGGGCUCUCUGCGUCUCAUCACCAUUAAGCCCAUGACAGCCCAGCCAACCUACUCUUAUCCCUCUUCCUCCUCUCACAGCCAAGACUCUGUGGUCGUCAAUGGGGAGGUUAAUCACAGUGGGCUAAAGCAGAAGUCCGACAUUGAGCACUACAGGAACAAACUGCGUCAGAAGGCCCGGAGGAAGGGUUACGGGGAAUUCUCGCUCUCCGAGACCGGAAGCCACGGAUACAGCCACCGUGACACGAGGCACAGCCGGCACGACAAUGGGGUCAAAGAGCCGAUGACCGCUGAGGAGAAGAGGGCGUCCUUUGCAGGCUGUCAUAAGAGGUACUCGCACCCACGAGAGCCUACAUAUUGGAGCCGGCAGUCUCUGAGUAGCCCCAGUCCAGUAGAGACAGAGAUGGACAUGCUGGUGCUCAGGGAGCGAUCCAGGAGGGGCAUCCGCAACAACGGCUACGAUGGCGAGCCUGAACCCUUUGAGGAGACCAACGUGGACCGUCUGAUGAGCUCUCUGGGUUAUGGAGGUGGAUCCACUGGAACCGGGAACAGCAGCUUGGGGGUUAAAGCUCACCGUGGCUCCGACUCCUCCACGCUCAGCUCGCAGCCGUCCAUUGACGAGGUUCGCACGCAGAUGCACAUGUUGCUAGGCAACGCUUUUAGCCUGGCGCCUCCGGACCAUGACCCGCCUUCUCCUCCAUCCAACCAUCGCCACCAUCAUCACCAUCCUCACAGCGCCUACAACCCCUCCAAUACCAGCCACUACAGUGAUGGGGUGACCAGCGCCCCGGGGACCAUGAACCAUCCCUGUGGAGGCAGGCAGAGAAGCAUCGGCUAUGAGGACAUGCACCAGUGCAGCCUGCCCAAACCAGGUUUCCGGUUCACCCAGCUCCCUGACAUGGGUAUUGGUUCUCCACCUCCACUGAUCCCCUCAAGACCAGGACCGCCACCUGCGACCUCACUGCGACGUUCCACCCCUGACGUUAGUCUGAAGCCUCGCGUGUCAGAAGCCUCAGAUCUGCAGGCCCAGCAGCACAACGGUGCCCCCUACCUGCCGCUCUCCAGGACCCCCUUCCCCGCUGUCACCGUCGACCAGUCCAUCAGCACCUACUCAGGAAACCCGAUAACAGCAGUCUACGCUAUAUCAGCCAACCGCCCGGGUUACUCGGACUACUUCGUCAUGUCACCGCCGUCCUCGUACCGGAGUCCAUCCUGGAUGUCUUAUCCACCUGAACCGGAGGAUCUGCCGCGGCAAUGGAACGACACACCUAACUCGCGUCACCUCGAGACCAUCUGCUGAAGUCGCCCGCCUGCGACACUGAGUGGGAGCAUCAGUAGCUUGGUGUCGCUUCAGAUGGGUGGAGGACCUCCUUCUCACUCAAAACUCUUUGGAGCUUCAUCCCUCCCCCCCACUUGGCUUCAGCACAGCCUUCCUCCUGUAUGAUUCAUUCAUCGCCAGCGGAUUCCCCCCUCACCUUUUCCCACAGCUCCCUGUCUCUCCUCUGCCUGCCCUCCAUCUGUCCUCCGUCAGCCGACUUCAUCUGCAGCUCAAAGCAUUUCUCAUCCUCCAGAGCUCCUGUGCCCCAUAAUCCCUCUUCACCUCCUCUUCAGUCUUCUUGCCAAUGAAAAGCUCAGCCAUAAUUCUCUCUUUCUGUAUUCUGAGCCCCCGGCCUCACAGGCCUGCGCCGGCCCCUCUGGGCCCGUAGUCACUAUCUCCAUGUAGACUGCCUCUUCUGUGCUGGCCACCACCGCACGGUCGGAGGCCCCUGACACUGCUGAGCUGAGCUGCGCCUCCCUGCCUAACAACACAAAUGCAGUGUGGAUGAACAGGGUGAGUACAGUGCAGCGUGACAAGUUCUGUGGCCCAGCAAUCAUCGUAGAGUAACUGCCAUCUGCCCAGCACACGAUGGCACACAGUGUUGCGUUAUCAGUACUGUAGCGCCCCAGCCGUCGCCAGUAGUCUGCUCCUCUUCUGAACUGGACCGGACUGGAGCCUCCUGGACUCGCCCCCGAAGGUCCACCAUGAAGCCAGGAAAGCUGGACUGACUUAAAACUGUGCUUUUAUUUAUUUAUUAUUUUUUUUGAUCAAUCCAAAUUCCUAUGUAAAAACUCAACAGCUGGUUAAUAUGUGUAUUUUAAACUUGAGUGGAAAAAAACUGAGGAAAAAGGAAAAAAAAAAAAAUCUUGUCUUGAGCUGUCUCUAUUUCAGUUUUGGAUAUUUGUGUGCUUUUGUCUUUUACUUUUGUGCAUUGAUUAUUAUCAAUGGAUUGUUGUACAAAAAAAAAAGACAUAGUGGGUGUUUAUCUUCCACUCACCUUAUUUCAAGGCAAAAAAAAAAGAAAAAAAAGACGUUCUUCGAAGCAGAGAAGUCGGUGGCUUAGUCGUCCGUGGUUAUGAUGGGAUUUCUGUACUUUUUUAAAAAGAAUUACUUCGUUUACCUUUUUCCUUCAUUCGACUCAGCAAUGAAAACAAGAAUUAGUCACUAUGUUUCCGUCAGUCAUCUGAUUAUGACGUUUUUGUCUGCUGAUCAUUAAGCAGACCUGAGUCAGACGCGCUCACCGAAAUCCCGCUCAGGGUGGCUUUGGUUACGUGACGUCUCCUGAAAGGGGGAAAAUGAGCAUCCUGGAUAAAAAAACAUGGGAGCUGCUGUUGAAGGGAUUUCAGUCGUGGUUUGACUCACGUCUCUUACAAUUCUGUGAACACACCAGUAUUCUUAGAAAAACAGUUCUUUUACUUGAACGGUGUCUACUGUAUUCUACUGUAACUUUGACUUUUGGUUCUUUCAAAGCCGAGGGAUUAUUAUUUGGACUAUGGUUUAGGACUGUUUAAGAGACUCGCCGGGCUCUGACGAGCCGUAUAUGUAACGACUAAAUGUAUUACUGUAUAUAGCAGAUGAUUUAAUGAAGAGAUUUAUGCAAGUAGUGUGUGUGUGGGGGGGGGACAUGACGUUCAUUUUAGUGCGUUUGGGUUUCGGCUGGAAGGAGGUCAGGCUGCUUUUGUAACGUCUUGACUUUCUGAAGGUUGCACACAUUUCAUCAUCUUCAUCCGCUUCUUUCAUCAUCCUGUUUUCUAACAUCAGUAACAUAACGCAUAAAUCAAUACAUUAAGAAAGAAACAGAGUUUAUAGUAAUGUGCAGCGAGCAAAUUAAACACUGCAGUUCUUUAUGGAGAAAAGUCAAUAGCCAUAAAAGUAGAAAUAAUGCUUUUUUUUUUUGUAUGGAGAAUGUCUAUAAUAUAUUUACCCUCAUUUUUACUGAGGAAAACUGGAAUUCUGUGACCGCACUGUAUGUAAAGCUCCUCAUCGUUUAGAUGGUACUAAAGGAGAUUAUAGCCAUAUAUUAACUUCACCAAGUGGAUACAGAAGAGCUAAGAUAUACAGUGUUGUGUCAAAAGGUAAAUAAAUGAUACCAAAUGACAAUAUAUUAGACAAUGGGGGGGGCACAGAGAGAUAGUAUAGAUAUAAUAAUAUAAAGAUAGCCUAGUAGGUAGUUAACAAUUAAAGCACUUUUAUGAUAAGAAAAUAGAAUCAAUGCACAGAAUUACAAAUGUGUUGCGCCUGAAACUGAAACUGCACAAAAGUUUUAAAAUAUUUUUGUCCUGCAGGAAGAUUCUCACGAGCCGGAGCUUUAGGAGGAGUUCACAGCACACAGCGAUGUUUCACAGCUGCAGUAUGAUCAUUUUCAAAGUUAAGGCUGUUGUGGCUGAGCUCCUCCUCUACAUUUAUGCCUUUGGGCAAGACAUUACAGGCAAACAGGGUGAAUGAUUAGAUGGAGACUGCUGAACUUCUGUUUCUGGUAUCUCAAGUUUUAUGUUUAAAUAUGCAAAUGAGAUAUGAAAGAAGUCAGGAUAGCUUCAUUUUGUUGACAUAUUCCAGUCAGCGUUCCUACAGAGGGAAAUGUGGAUCUCUCUUUUUCAUCAUGUUAAACGUGCAGUCAUUUGCACCAAAGUCCAAUUGACCGACUUCUAAAAUAAACACCUAAAGUAUAUUUUGGAUAUUUUCUCCUGUAGUGUCUUGCCUCAAAGUGGAAAAUUUCAAAAGCAAUCACUGACAGUGACGGUCUGCUAAAUUAAACCCACGUGUGCACAGGCUGGGUCUCUUCCAGUGCACGCAUUUAUUAAAAGUUCCUCACUUUAUCAAUCUGGGCCUGCGCAUGAUGAAUAUUAGUUGUCUAUAGUUAUAGUGAAAGGAAAGCAAAGGUGUGAAGUAUUGAAGCAUUAUGGGAGCGCACGGUGUGUUUUUGGGUGCUUUGACUCAUCAGUAUCAUUACUGGAUACCUGCUGGAACCAUCACAUUUGAAAUCAUCCUCAUUGUACAGCCCGCUGUUAUAAUUUCAUUUGACUCCAUGCUAAAGAAACGGGUGGGUGGGUAAAAGCGGAGGCUUCAUGCGAUGCUCUAAGUUGAUGUGCAAUGUUUGUUUUACACGGGUAGCGGCGAGACGCUUUGAUUGGUGACGGACUCCAGGAUGGACUUUACUGUCAGUAGUGUUUUUCUGCCGUUUGAGGCAUGUCAUGAAGCUCUGACAUCUUGGCGGCGCUGAUGAUGUCAUACUAUCGUCACGUGGGUGUUGAGGAGGUCACGGUGACGACAACCAUGACUGCUGUUGGAUGUAGUUAUGCAGAAAACUUUUUGGUGAAUUUAAACAAUAAAUACAAAUUCCAAUUCUCA